CGGAGUCUACCUGACAGACUCAGGAAGGUGAGGCCGAGUGGGCGGAGUCUAAAUCUGAGUCCGCAGGUUGAAGUCCUCCACCCUAAACCAGGAAGAGCUGCUCACAACACGGACCCGGACCCUCCUGAACAGAUAAAACAUGACGCCUGUUCCUCCACAUGUCCGUCUCCUCGUCCUCGUCUUCGUCCUCAGUGGAGUAUCAGCCUUUAAGAUCUGCUCCUACAACGUCGAGAAACUGAGUGGUCACAAAGCCAAGAACUUCAGGAUCAUGCACACCCUGACCCGGGUUCUCUCUCACUAUGACCUCUGUCUCCUUCUGGACGUCGACUCUUCAGCCGUUCGGACUCUGCUGGCUAAACUCAACAGGAACGCUGACAGGUAUGAUGACCAGUUCCGCUAUGACACCGUCACCGCAACCAGUCUGGACACCAACCACAUGCACCACUACGUCUACUUCUACAGAACCAAGACGGUGAACGUAAAGGCUAGACAUCAGUACCAGAAGGUCCAGUCCUUCACCAGAGAACCACUGGCAGUCCAGAUCCACAGCAGGAACACAGCCAUCAGGGACUUCAUCCUGGUUCCUCUGCACUCUGAACCCAGUAAGGCGGUCCAGGAGAUGGACCGGCUCUACGACGUUUUCCAGGAAGUCAGCAGGAAAUGGAACAACACGAACGUCAUGUUUCUGGGAGACUUCCACGCCGGCUGCACCUACAUGACCCGAGCGGACAAAAAGAAAAUCCGUCUGUUCCGGAACACCUCGUUCUCCUGGCUGAUCGGAGACAAAGUGGACACGACCGUCACCGACGACACCACCUGUCCAUAUGACAGGAUCGUGGUUCAUGGGGAGCGGUUCCUGAAGAACAUCAAACCACUUUCUGGACAAGUUGUCAACAUCGGAAAACGGUUCAGAGUGAGAAGAACCCUGGUGCAGGAGAUCAGCAACCACUACCCUCUUGAAGUGAUACUGAAGAGCUCCGCCCUCCUCCUCCAGGCCACGCCCCUCCUUGCUCUCCUCAGUGUGGUCAUCGCUCUGUGAAAUGAGCCGUUUGAUUGGAUGACGCUGAGGAUCAAACAUCCACACUGAUCACAUUUAGUCAGAUUUAAAACUGUUUUACAGUGGUGUGUGUGUGUGUGUGUGUGUGUGUGUGUGUACAUUUAUUGAUGGGAUGUUUUUAAAAAUGUGAAAAUGAAAAAUAAAAACUGUCUUUGUCUAAAUGUCAUAGUUAAGAAGUGUGAGAUGAACCACUAAAUACCACAUGAACAAAUAAACCAGGGGUCACAUGAACAGAUGG